AUGGAAGAAGACAAGGAGAUCGUGGCGUCGGCGGAAAGGGCUUUGACUUCAAGCGAGGAGAGAGGAGUCACGUGGACCACACCUUUCAACGGCAACCUCUUCAAACGGCGGGUCACAAUUUCCUUUGCGAAGCUAAAGUCAAAAAUAUUUUCUUUCAGCUCAGUUUUCUUUGAUGCAACCCCAGCAGCUGCAUCAAAUCAUAAGACUAGGCUCCUAUUUCAACAGGAAAGGCACUUGAGGGCAGCGAUUGCGAAAUUUGCAUCUUCAGUCUUGAAGCAGACUCCACUAAAGUUGUUUACUUCACAUUCCGACGGGACUCUCUUCACCUUUCAAUACCCACUUCCGAACACAUUUCCUUGCAAAGCCAUUAUAAUACAGAAAACACCUCACAGCCUCGAAUUAAAACAUUUGAAGCAAGAAGGAGACAAGUCCUUCAAAAUGGAGUCCAACAACUGGCGCGUCAAACGCGACCCACAAGACUCACCAGCUACACCAGCAAAAAGUAGCCCGCGAGUUUCAUUCCAGCCUCGCUCGAAUUGGGGUCGAGGCCAGCAGUCGAGCCCAUUGCAGCAAAAUUCACCAUCACGUGAUGGUCUCAGAAAGCCAAUGAGCGAGUCGCAGGUCUCGCAGUGUAUCGAGGAAGGCCGAAGACUCUAUGUCGGAAACCUGCCGUAUGAGGCUACCAUCAAGGACAUUGAGACAUUGUUUCAGGACCUCGCGCCAGGGAUUGAGGGAAUCAACAUGUCCGUGGAUGCCAUGACUGGACGCAAUCCAUCCUACUGCUUCGUUGAUUUCAGGACACGAGAACUUGCUGAGGCAGUAAUGCAAGAGUACAACGGCCGAGAGUUCCUCCGACGAGCACUCAAGGUCAAGCCAGGUGUCAAAUCGGACAGAAGUACCCCGCGGUCUUACAACCGUCCUGAAAUCAAGCCUGAAGGUGGUAAUCUUUCUUUCAAUCGCCGGAACAGUCUCGAGAAGCCCGCCGACCUAAAUGUUGCUGCGGAUGAGGGCCGUCGUCUCUACGUUGGAGGUCUACCAAGAUUCGAGAGCCAGCAUGAAGCAAACUUGCAGAUGACUGAGCUGUUCAAGGAUUACAACGUCAAAGUCAUCAGCAAGCCGAUCUCAGCACACGAAUCCAAGAAAGGUCUACCUGGAAACCAUAAUUACUGUUUCGUCGAUCUUGCAACACCAGAGGAAGCAGCUGCCGCAGCAACAGCUCUUGACAACAUGCCAAAGUGGGACUGGAACAUCAAAGUCAGCGUCAGUCGAAGCACAUCUGGCAAAGUGACCGAGAGGAGACGACUGUUCGUAGGAGGACUACCCGAGUUCGCGGACCAAGACACUGCCGACCGAAAAAUCCAGGAGCUCUUUGAAGGAUUCGAGAUCGCCACGAUUAGCAAGUUGAAGGUCCCACAAGAUAAUGGUGAUGGAAAGAAGAAGAAUUGUUUCUGCUUUGUGGAUUUGGUGAAGGAUGAAGAUGCAGAUAGAGCAUUGUUGGAGCUUGAUUGGAAAGAGAAAUGGGGAAUUCAAGUUCGGGUGAAGCCAGCGACAUCAUCAAAUACGCCUGGUUUGAAAGCAGAGACACGAAAGCCCGCGGGGAGGUGGUUGUCGUAG